CUCGUAGGUUCUUGAGAAGCACCGCAAAAAAGGCUCGUAGGCUGUGUGCCUUCAUGAGUGGAGAGAAACCCGACGAAGUGCUGAUCUUGCGAUGGUGGCGUCGACGAUUUGCUAUGUUCUCCUGGCAUGGAUGGUCCUCAGCACCUUCAUGCAAUUUUACGUCUCGUUCAAUGCCCCUCGCUGCCCGUCCAGCGCACGGGCGUUACAGACGGCCUGUUACCGCCCACUUUUUCGGCCAUCGGAGGAGGUGGACAUCCAUGUGUUCCUCACGACGGAGGAGCAGCUGCAGUGGUGGACGGCAGAAGGUGUGCGGGAGCUGAUGGAGGUGCCCCUGUUCAACAUGACGGCGCGCUACGGCGAGGUGAAUGCCAGCACUCUGGCCACCGUGCCGCUGUCCAAGCUCCCGAGCGUUCGGCUCAACCAAUCCUUGUUGUAUGCGCACUCUUACCUAGUGAAGUCAGGCGCCAGGUUGAUGGAUGAAGUGCAGAAGUUGGCUGCAACCGAGCAGCCUCCGCUGCGGGGGCUCAUCAGCGAACAGGCGUUGCACACCACCGCCGCGAUGGUGAAACUCCAACCGCAGGUCCGAAGGCCGACCCGGAAGCUUUUAGAGGAGGUCAACGCAACUGAGAAGGAGGUGGACACCGAGCAGGCUGAGAAGGUCACUGUGGAGCUACCCUUCGCGACGCGUUCGCUGGAGGUAUAUCCAUCCUCGGCCCUCAAAUGGGCCACCGGUCUCUUCAUUCUGACGUCGUUCCUGGAGCCAACGCUGUACAUGGCGGCCUUGCGCCAUGGCAUUGCUUGUGUGUGGGCCAGCGUGCUGAAGCUUCGGAUGGACCAGGCGCCUUCCAAAAAGGUGACACCUGAAAUGCCUCGUUUCAUGGUUUUCACCUUCUGCGUUUGCUCACAUGCUCAGCUGGCACCAGCUGUUAGCACACCUCACCUGAUCCCUUGGCUCUCCUUGGAAGUCUCCGCCGACUCCGAGGACUACGACGAUGCGUACCCCCCGCCAUUGCUGUACAAGGAGAUGAUCUUCGACCAUGGCCAGCCCUUCCCUGUUCGGGAGCGGGAGGUACGCUACGACGCGCGGCUGAUGCAGUCCGGCGAGAAGCUCUACGCACCUCCCUUCCACAUCGACACCUGGGGGAUAUCGUCGAAGAUGUGGAGACCCUUGGAACUCAACGAGUCCAGGGAGGACCCCGUGAUCCAUGCGGAGGUGAAGUUCGUGGGAAUGAUCCAAUACAGCACCCAGAGGACCCUCAUGGAGAUGAUGAGACCGUACAUGCGAAUGGGCUUCACCGAGCGUGAUUUGGAAGACAUCAAGGAGUUCUUAUUUCGACGCCCGCUGCACAUUAUGAUCCUCAUGCAGGUCAUCGGCAUCCUGCAAACGAUGCUGUGGACGUUGGCGUUCAAGAACGACAUCAGCUUCUUCAGGGGACGCGAAGACUACCGUGGCUUGUCGAGCCGGUCGAUGGGUACGGAUGCUGCAAACGCGAUGGUGAUCUUCCUCUACCUCUAUGAUUUCGAUGACAUCUCAAGGCUGAUCUUGUUCCAGCUGGGCAUGACCACCGCCUUUGACCUCUGGAAGUACGCCCGCGUGGCUCGACUUCAUGUGCGCUGGGCCUUCUAUCUGCCCUGGGUGAAGUCUGCGCGCGUGGAGGAGGCUUCGGCCGAAAGGAGGACGGAUGAGAUCGAUGCGAGGGCGAUGUUCUACAUCAAGUGCGCCAUAUUCCCCAUUUGUCUCUUCUUUUGCUUGCAUAACCUUACUUACUACCAUUACAAGAGCUGGUGGAGUUGGCUGAUCUCUUCCAUGGCAGAUUUCUCAUACGGCUUCGGAUUCAUCAAUAUGCUGCCGCAAGUCAUCAUCAACUACCACUUAAAAUCAGUUGCUCAUAUGCCUUGGAGAGUAUUGAUCUACAAGUUCUUCAACACCUUUAUUGAUGAUAUCUUUGCCUUCUUCAUCAUGAGCGAUCGCAUGACUGCCAAGCACAGGUAUAUGACCCUUCGCGACGACCUGGUCUUUUUCAUCUUCCUGUACCAGCGGUACAUGUACAGCGUGGACAAGAGCCGUCCAGAUGAAUAUGGCUUUGUACAUGACGGAGGUGCUCCACUAGAAGGAGCUACCAGUGAUGGUUCUUCAUUGGCGCCUGCAGUCGGAGAAGGAACAGCUGGAAGUAUUGAUGCCACUCGAACUGCGCCUGAAGUUGGAGGAGGGACUACUGAUGCGCGUGUUGCUACCCUUGAGGCUGAAGAAGGAACCAGCGAUGAACCCUCACUGACGCCUGCCGUUGAAAGAGGAAGUGCUGGCAGCACUGAUGCCACGGCGGCUGCGUCUGACGUUGAUGGAGCGCCUGAAGAGGAAGUGCCAGUAGUUGAAGGAGCUACCAGUCAUGUCCCCUCAGCAGCUGCAGUGGCAGGAAGUGUGGCGCCCGAAGAUGAAGUGCCUACAGUCGAACAAGAUGAACAAGGUCCUGUUGAUCAAGCUAGUCCUGAAGCCUCUCUAGACGCAAAGUAGGAGGAGCUGCCAAGCCUUUCCGUGACGCAUUCGCCACAUUCCCAGAAAGCACACGCGACAAAGCACGCGGCAGCCACGCGCGACCACCAGUGACAUCGGACUCCAAGAAGUGACUGGUGGCGGUUUUUGCACAGAACCGGUGGCGGUAUGCCCUGCCCCCCCCUGGUGGUGUAGAGGAUGAAAUAUAAUCUGAAAUAAAGGGCAUAUAAAGGGCCAUGGCAUCCAUUUCCAGUUCCAGGCAGUGACACCCAUGUGGUUCCUACGGGAAAAGCCAUGGAUUUGCCUGACAAAGACUUCCAGCUGAAACUGGAGCCAGACAUAGCCAGACAGCCCUGGACCUCAUGUGCCUGGAUCAUCCCCCUACCCCCAACAACCAGACAUAAAUUUGGUAGUCAAGGGGUCGAGGGCACCCACCGUGGGGUGGAAGUCUGUCGGGUGCAUGCCUGCACCCGAUAGAAACAUCACUUUGAUGGUCGAGAUUUUGCGUUCGACGUGGGUUCUUUUGAUAUUCCGUCACCGGUGAGGCUUAGAAAAACUGAUACUGUACACCAUC